UCCCCCACCACCACCACCACCACCAUUAGGGUCCACGGGAGGGUCAUUGUCAGUGUUGCUGACGCUCUCGUGGUGUGUGGAGGUGUGUGGCGCCCCGUCCACAGCGCUGAUGUGAAUGGCUGGUUUUCUGAAGAGUUCUCCGAGAAAAUUCUUGGUUGUUGCAUUACUGGCCAUUUGGUAUGUGAUGGUCUUGUACAAUGGUCUCUUGCGGCUACCAAGAGGCGGCCGUGGCCACACCUCCCGUACUGGUCGUGUCGUCCGCCGCCCCGAGGCGCAUGGAGGCUGGCGCCAGGUCUUGGCGUCCUGGAACCCGCACUACAUUACGCAGUCUCGUGUUGAGGGCGAGGUAGUAAACCCUUACCCAGGCCAAGUGAGGUUCAAGAUGUCGGAGGAGGCUUGCCGGGAGCCGCCGCUGGUGCUGGCGGCGGUGGUGACGGCGGUCGAGAACCGGCUCCGGCGUCAGUUCGUCAGGCGCACCUGGGGCCACCCAUCCCUGGCCCAGGACACGGGAGUCAAACCCUUGUUUGUGGUGGGAGAAGUACAGGAUCCAAAGCAGCAGGCUAUGUUGAUAGAAGAAUCGGAGCAACAUCAUGAUAUGAUACAGGCAAACUUCAUCGACUCCUACGUGAACCUCAGUUACAAAACCACAGCACUCCUCACUUGGGCCACUCGGCACUGUCCUAACACCCCAUUCAUACUUAAAAUAGACGACGAUGUUAUCCUCAAUCCAAUAGCACUUCGAGAAUUCCUUCUGGCAUACUUACGAUACAACCCACAUCCUGUCAACAUCUUGGGAAACGUAAGACACUGUGACCCAGUUGUGAGAUGGGGCAAGUGGGCGAUGCCAGUAGAUAUAUAUCCAGACCAUGAAUAUCCAUCAUAUGUAGCUGGCCCAUCAUACUUAGUACCAAUAGCCAUCGUCCCCACCCUUCUUGAUGCCAUUAGCAGAACAAGAUUCUUGUUCUUGGAGGAUGUGUACACGACAGGUUUGGCAGCCAAAAGAGCUGGCAUUGGCCACUACAAUAUUUACUCCCUUACCAGCUAUUUGGCUGAAGACAUAGACUACCGCUGGUCCACUGGUUCUGCAGUCUUCCAAGAGAAUGUUGAUUUUAAUGAAGCUGUUCGAGGUUGGAAUAUACUUAGAAAACUAGAAAAAAUCGCCGCUCCUCCAUACAAUCCACAAAGCACUGAUCCAUCUUCGUCCAAUGUCCUUGAGACUAAGAAUAAAAGGCACAUCGAUGGAGAUCGCAUAUCGAGGCCAAAUGGUUAAACCAACAACCUCAUCUU